AAGUAGACUGCCUGACGUCGACCUUCGGCUACGUAGAGGAAAGAUGGGUGAACAGAGGAAUAUUGUUCUGGUGGUUUGACUCCGGCGGAAUUAAACGGGGUCUCGACCCGACGACGGUAACGUGGAAUGUGAUUUUAAGCCACAUGACUGUGUGCUGUCGGGUGUCGUUCAGAGCACCGAAGCGCUUGCACCACCUACUUUGGAACGCGCGCGUGACAACGGACGUGGGAAUCUACGAUUCCAGUCCAAAUAAACACUCCUGAUCUCAAGGUCCUGGAAAGCCACGUCACUGGUCCGUGAACGACAGGUUCAUUUCCUCCUCGAACAUGGCUCCGAUGGGAAUCCGCCUGUCUCCGCUCGGCGUGGCCGUCUUCUGCCUGCUUGGUGUCGGUGUCAUCUACCACCUGUACGCCGGAGUCAUCUCCAACCGCCUGUCUGCUUUCAGGCAAAGAAGUGUGAAUCUAAGGGAGCUGCUGGCCGUCUCCGUGGAAGCUGCUGUUCUUGGUGGCAGAGAGGUGAAAAAGGUGCGAGAGGAAAAUGUUCUGAUGGAGAAGUCGAAGGGCAAGACUAAAGAGGGCGCCAGUGAGCUGCUGACUCUGGGUGACCUGCGGUCACACAGAAGGAUGUUUAACCUCUUGAGGAACACGUUUCCAGAUGUCCUGGUACACAGCGAGGAACACGACAAUACAGUGGACAAGGAUGCGACCUGGAGCAGAGACAUUCCAGCGGACAUUCUGGACAAGGUCAAUGGCAGAAAGGAAGUCCCUGCUGAAAGCAUCACUGUGUGGAUCGACCCCUUAGAUGCAACUCAAGAGUAUACAGAGAACUUGGUGAAGUAUGUGACCACGAUGGUGUGUGUUGCGGUAGAGGGGAAGCCAGUGAUUGGUGUCAUCCACCAGCCUUUUAGUGGAUUUACUGCUUGGGCGCUAGUUGACGGUGGGACCAACAUGGGCCGACGCUCCACAUACAGCAUCAACCCUCCCAAGGUCAUCGUGUCACGCUCUCACUCAGGAAAGGUUAAAGGCUAUGUUCAAGACGCCUUCGGUAACAGCACCACAAUCAUACCAGCAGGGGGAGCAGGAUACAAGGUGUUGUCCCUUUUGGAGAUGCCCGCCAGCAAAUCUGACACCAUAGACCAGGCGGACAUUUAUAUCCACGUAACCUUCAUUAAGAAGUGGGACAUUUGUGCGGGAGCAGCUAUUUUAAAUGCACUGGGUGGUCGUAUGACGACUCUGAAAGGCGAAGACAUUGACUACAGUGGAGAGCCACUCAACAAAGGAGGCCUCCUGGCCACAGUGGGUGUGAAUCACAUAUCUGUGCUGGAAAAACUUCCAAGCUGGGACCCCGAGGACAAGCAGUAAAAAGCCCUUAAAACAUGGUUCUAGUGAUUGUUUGGAAGAGUGAAUGCAAGCGGUCCCUGAUCUUCCACUCCGAUGUCUCCAGCAUUGGCCGGAUUGCGGAGCGUCCAAGCUGCGAUUGCACAUUGGUCCAAUGAACAUCUGAAACGCACAUUCAUACUUGACACUGGAAGUCCGCUCCUGCCUUCUUCAUUAUAGUGCAUGAUUCUCAUGUGAAACAUUUAAGUGAGCACAAGACUUUGAAGCCAAUGAUGUCUUUGCAAGUAUCUGUCUGUUAACCCAGUGAAGUAUAGUGACCCGAUCUGAAGAGUGUAUCACAAGAUGUGAAGAAUAAUUCUGGGAGUGAAAUGGUGGAACUUGAGAGUCUCUUCACCAGCAAAAUAACCUGUCGGUCUCAUAUCAGCGCAUGGGUUUCUGAGUGCAGACAACAAGAGGAGGCAGAACGUCUGCUCCUCUGUUUUAGUCAUAGUUUGCCAUGAUGCCCUUCAGAAUCGCAAGCCAUCAAGUUGACUAUUAACAGUCUCAAAAAAGGGAAACACAUGGGCUGUGAGGGAAAAUUGAAAUCAGUCAGUCUAUUAUUUUGCAGUUGGAGACUCAAAUUUCUUAAGUACAACAAUCCAAAAGUGUCAAUGUUUUACCAGCGAUUCUGCUUGUCAUGUGUUCAUCUCAAACACAUGACUCGUUUUUUUUCCUGAGUGUCAUGUUUUCAGUUUACAAGACACCAAUGUUUACCCUGAGAUGUGGUUACAGCCCUAUUCCUGAAGCGUUACUGUGUGGUUUUGCUGAACAGCAGUUUAAAGCAAAUAGUCAUCGAUUUGCUUGAAAAAUGAGGUGAAUAAGUACAAUGUCAUUGUAAGGAAGUAUUUGUAUUUUCACCUGUCUCGCUCUGUCCUCACCAACUGCCCCAUUGGGUCACCAACACCUACUGUUGCUAUGAAAGUGAUGAUGGGCUGAUGAAACUUACUGGAACAGUGUUGUCAUUGUCAGAGCUCACCAAGGGGCGCUCUUUGUUGAAGACUGACGUCAUGUUUCAAAUAGUUGUCUUAUAUCAAUGAUAAACCUGCAGGGUGCCAUCUUGUGGAUUCUGAAGUGUUUCAUGAAGCUUCACCAGCUCUCCCUCACUGACAUAUUGGCCUGAUGUGCCUAGAAUUUGAAAUUUCAGUGGCUGUUAACUGGCUGAACAAUGUUAUUCAGGUUAAUGGAAAUGGGCAGUGAUAGGGUUACUAUGGGCACCAUGACACAGAACAUGAAAAGUUGAUUCUCAGCUCCCAGGACAUAUUUUUUGGGAUGAAAAGAAAAAGUCACUGAUGACUUAUUUCCAGUUAUGUUGGUGAAUAUUGCUUCAUCGAGGAGACAUUUGAAGAGUGUAAGCUAGUAACAACUUAAAUCUUGGAUGUACAUUUCAUGCAGAAUGUUACAGGACCUGGAAAAAAAAAUUCAGACAAGAAUGGGCAGCUUCAGUUGAGAAGGUUGUGUCUUAUGCACAGUUUAAACAGUGGACAUAUUGACAUCAAUGCCUGUGGGGGUUCAUAAAUUGUACUGGUGAGAUGUUUCUUCUACUGUUAUGCUUUAUUUAUUGUGUUCCGUUGAGAUGUCUCACACUUCUGCGUUUGAAUCCCGGUCCAGUUAAAUAACCCUGCUGUGCAUGAUAACUUGUGUUUUCAUAAAAAAAAAAAAAAAAAAAAAAAAAAAAAAAAAAAAAAAAAAGUUGAGCCCAUUUUACAUUUUUGAGGGCAUCAGUGCACCACAUGCUGUUCUCUCUGGACUGUGACCAGGUGAACUUCCUGGAUUUUAUACAACUCAAUAAAUAUUAAUCCAAGAGCAUUUUCCAAAAUACAGUUUUCCAGCCAAUAAGGAAACGCUGAAUAUUCAAACAGCUAAUCGUCUUCAACCUCUAAGGUACGAUUACAUUUUUGCCUUUCAGCACCAUAAUACUUUAUUAUAUUUGUCUCAUAAAUAUUUGUAUAAGCACAGUGGGUAAAUAGUCAAUGUCAGUUUAGUACUUGCAGCUUGUAUUGUAGUUGUUUUGCUUUACAAGCGAAUGUGUUUUUGUAUUCGCUAUUCAUUUGCAAAACAAAAACAUUCCUAAAACUGAAACGUGGAUCAGCAAUCGCACGCGUAUUAACACUGCCAUCUAGUGGUUGUGGCUGCAUGUGGGUUGUUGUGUUGGUGGUGGAUCAGUCCACAUUUGUGCAUUUGUGUCUCAAAAAAGCGGGGAAUGCGUGUCAUUGCUUGUCCAUAAAGGCGAAUCUCACUCCACAAACACAAUCUUCAGUUUUACAAAUG